UAAAAACCUAUCGAACAAAUGCUUAUGGUUAUAGAUUAAGUGAGCUUUUGAGUAUGCAUUUAAAUUUUACACUGAAAUUGCUUCUUGCAAGAGAUUGGUCGUUUUCCUCGAUAGGAACUAACUCCACCGAGGGUGUUAUCGGCCAGCUUCAACAAAAUCUUGUUGAUUUUUCGGUAACGCCACUGGGCUUCACAACUGAACGCUUGUACUCUUACCAGGCUACAGGAGAAAUUCUUAAAGGAAAAUUCAUGACGAUAUUUAGGCACCCGAAUACGAGAAAUCAGGAUGGAAUAUUCUUAAAACCGUUUAACAGAUACCUUUGGUUUGUUAUUAUGUUGAUGUUACUGCUAUCUCUGGUGCUUAUGAGGGUUACUCAAUCAGCACUGAUCAAAGUUGAUUCCACAUCCAGCUGUCAACUUUUGCUGAUCAUUUUUGGCACGCUUUGUAUGCAGAGUUCUUCUAAUACGUCGACUUCGAACUCCUCCCGCAUAACAUUUUUUGCCGUUCUUGUAUUGUCAGUUAUCAUUUACCAGUUUUACUCUACGUUCAUCAUUGGCUAUCUUUUACUGCCUGCUCCCAAAACUAUUACAACCUUGGAAAAGCUCCUCGACACGGAUUUGAAAUACUCAAUAGAAGAAAUGGCGUACAAUCGUUACUUUUUCGAGAAACAAUCAAACUCCAACACAAUCGCCCAACGAGCCUAUCGAGAAAAGGUUCUGCCAAACGAGUAUAGUUUUGUCAAUGUGUCAGUCGGAGCAGCAUUGGUCAAAAGCGGUCAUUACGCCUAUCAGCUAGAUACUAGCUACGGAUAUAACUGGUUAAAAGAUCUUUUAACCGACCAGGAGGUCUGCGAGCUUCAGGAAGUCAACUUGUUCCCCCGAAGACCGCUUCAUAUGCCAUUACCCAGGCCAAGCCCUCUGAAGGAACUGUUUCGGGUGUCGAUAACGCGAUUUCUUGAAACAGGGGUCGCUCAGUUUUACCGAAGGAAAAUUCAAUCCGACAAACCGCAGUGUGUGGUUCAGAACUUUUCGGCCGUUCAGGUGCCGCUGCAGGUUAUCGUUGGCGUAUACUGGAUGUUGCUGAUGGGUGCCAUUGCCAGUGUUGUGUUGCUGAUAGUGGAGACUGUUGUGUUUAGAACUAAACAACACUUUGAAAACGAGCGAUUCCGAAGAACUCGGUUUCAGGCAUAA